CUUUCGCACUGCAGCUAUUCCGAGCAAUUACAGACACACGCAAUGGCCUUCGACGAUGAUCUCUUGGCAGAACUUGACGAGCUGGGUGGCGACUUUAGCGACAACGAGUCAAUGCAUUCAAACGGCAAUGAAGCAACUGAGACAGGCACAGCAACAGAAUCCAACAGUCUUCAGGACAUCGCCCCGAUUAGCUCCAGCCACGAACUGCAGACCCUGCUGGCCAAUAUUCAGGCGUCACUAGAGGUUGCGGCUGCAGAUAAAAAGGUCGAAGGCCGGAUCGAGGACGACCCCGACUACCUUCUCAUGGUGGCAGCAAACAAGCACACGGCCGAGAUUGCCAACGAAAUGGUCGACAUGCACAGGUAUAUUUUGGACCACUACAAGCAGCGGUUCCCGGAGCUCGAGACGCUAGUACGCAACCCGAUCGACUAUACGCGCACAGUCAAGGCGAUUGGCGCUGCCACAGACAUCACAAAAGUCGACCUGGAGAACAUUUUGCCCAAUGCCAUCCGCAUGGUCGUCACAGUCACAGGAUCAACAACCACUGGCAGGGUACUCGACAAUGAUGAGCUGCAGCACAUCCUCGAUGCCUGCGACUGUCUGCUCAGGAUGCAGGACGCCCUGAAUCAAAUCAUCAGCUUCAUCGAGUCGCGCAUGCCGUUGAUUGCACCCAACCUCACCGCAGUGGUUGGCUCGUCGACCGCAGCCAAGCUAAUUGCCGAGGCUGGCGGACUGACGGCAUUGAGCAAGAUCCCGUCAUGUAACAUCCAGGUUCUGGGAAAGACGCAGAGCGCUGGGCUGGGGUUAUCUGCAAUUACCACCCAGAAGCAUGUCGGCAUCGUGUUCUACUCUGAUGUAGUGCGUUCAGUGCCCGAGGAUUUCCGGCACAAGAUGAUGCGCAAGGUCUCGGCCAAAUGCGCCCUGGCAGUACGUGUUGACGCUCAGCACGAGUCGGCUGACGGCGCACUGGGCAAAAAGUUCCGCACAGACCUGGAUGCCCAGGUGGCAAAGCUCUUGGAAGCAGCGCCAAACAACAGCGUCAAGCCGUUGCCGAAGCCAGACGAUGCACCAAAGAAGCGCAGGGCUGGAAGGAAGGUGCGUAAGAUGAAGGAGCCGUUCCAGAUGUCGGAGCUGCGCAAGCAGAGGGAUCGGCUGCAGUUUGGUGCGCCCCAGGAGGAGGUCGUCGUGAUGGACGAGAUGGAGGGGCUGGGCAUGAUGAACAAGAUGGUUGGCCAGGUGCGUGGAACGCAGAUGAACAACAAGGCUAAGGCCAAGGUCGCGAAAAAGUACGAAAAGUACAUGAAGGCACCGUCGGGUGCUGGUACGUCGGGUAUUGCGUCGCUGGCGUUCACGCCGGUGCAGGGCUUCGAGCUGGCCAACCCGCAAGCUGCGGUAGAGCAUCGGCAGAAGCGGCAGCGGCUGGCCAACGACAAGUACUUUGCAUCCAGCACGCCGUUCAUGGGAAAGAAAGAGUCCAAGUAAAUAAAAGAUUUAUUCCAUCCAUUUCGGAGGCGUUUCUAAUGGUAGAAC